AUGAGAAACUUGAGGGAAACCAAUCCUGAUAGAGACAUUGGCAUGGCCCUUAGGUCAACAGCAAAAUCAAGUUUCCUUCGUUUGAUAAUGGAACAUGGAAUAGCUGGAACCAAUUACUUGACUGAAGUGAGUACAAACUUUCUUCAAGUGUUCAUCGUGCCUGCUGUACAAGAGUUUGAGCAAGAUUUGGAGGCGCUUACACAGCAUUGUCAUACUUAUCCCCAAAUUCUAGUUGGGCUCAUAGAUUCAAACUUCAAUUGCUCGCUUCUUUUCGAGACUAUAUAUCUGAGCUUCAGUGGACCGGAGAUGCAUGUUAUCAGCACUCAGCAGAAGAAAGAAGCCUACAUUGGCUCAGCGAAUUACUUGAUCAUGUAA